UUACAUGACCGGCCGUGGGGAGGGUCCCUGUUGCUGUGAUGGAAGGUGGAGGUUCCUGGCUCUCCUGGGCUGCAAGCCUGUGGGGCAGGCCCUUGACCAUCCAGACUUACCUCUGUCCAGGUACGUGUGGAGGGCUUGGCAGCUCCGGGUAAGAAAGGGCUGUGGGCAGCUGCAAGGAGCCUGCGGACCGUGCCCCAGCGGGCCUGUGCAUCCCUUUUCUCCCCUUCCUUUGAUUAACGGGGAACUGAUGCGAGGGGUUUUGUUUAUGGAAGGACCAGAGAAGCCCAAGAACCCACAAAGAGAAGCCAAGGCCUGGGGUCAAGGAGACCUCGGCAGCGGGCAAGGGCUGCUGCCUGCUGCCCGCUGCCCGGGGCCAGGGAAGAGCUGCGGGAAUUUCGUGGGAGUUGAGGAUGCGCCUGCGCCCUCGGCUCCCCCAGGCCCGUCUGGCCAGGGCGGUGGUGUCCACGUUCUUAUUUGCACAUCUUUAUACAUCCGCUGCCCUGUUCCUUCUAAAGCCCCUGCUGGACCGAGAGCAUCCUCAGUGUCCGGUCACGGCCCACAUGAGAAAGUGACAAACCAAAAGGACCCACUUCCGGGGGGAGGGGGCGCGGAAAGCACCAGGUCCCCUGGGGACCCCACGUUAUGGUCCCCUCCCCAGGUGCCACAGAGCCUCUCGGCCAUGCGACCCUCGCGCGAUCCCUGCGCCCUGGGCUGGGUCGCGGCGCGUGGGUGGGGAUGCUCCCCGGAGCAGCCGCGCGAUGGGGCCGAACCCUCUGAGUACCUGGGCGCAAACACCCCGGCCACACCCGCGACCGGAGGGCGGGGCUGCGGGCUUCCAGCGACCCCGCCCCUUCCUCUCCCGGCCCCGCCCCUUCCUCCGCGCGGACCCCCUCCCUCCUCUCGGCGAUGCCGCGCGCGCCCCGGUGCCGGGCCGUGCGCUCCCUGCUCCGGGACCGCUACAGGCAGGUGCUGCCGCUGGCCACCUUCGUGCGGCGCCUGGGCCCUGAGGGCCGGCGGCUUGUUCGGCGCGGGGACCCGGCGGCCUACCGCGCGCUGGUGGCCCAGUGCCUGGUGUGCGUGCCCUGGGACGCGCAGCCGCCUCCUGCCUCCCCGUCCUUCCGCCAGGUGUCCUGCCUGAAGGAGCUGGUGGCCAGGGUCGUGCAGAGGCUCUGCGAGCGCGGCGCGAGGAACGUGCUGGCCUUUGGCUUCGCGCUGCUGGACGGGGCUCGCGGCGGGCCACCCGUGGCCUUCACGACCAGCGUGCGCAGCUACCUGCCCAACACCGUGACCGACACGCUGCGCGGGAGCGGCGCGUGGGGGCUGCUGCUGCGCCGCGUGGGCGACGACGUGCUCACCCACCUGUUGGCGCGCUGCGCGCUGUACCUGCUGGUGCCCCCGAGCUGUGCCUACCAGGUGUGCGGGCCGCCACUCUAUGACCUCUACACCGCAGCGGAGGCUCGGCCCAUGCGACACAAGGGCCAGACCCCGACUGGCCUCGGACUCACGCGCCCCAUUUGCAGCGGGGAAGAUGGGCGACCCCAGGAGCAGAGGGCGCAAGGUGUGAGGCGGCGUCGGGGCAGAGCGGGGGGACAUCCACUUCCAGCCAAGAGGCCCAGGCACGUCCCGGAGCCUGAACAGGGUCCCAAAGGGCAGGCGUCCCGGGCCCACCAGGGCAGGGCGCCUGGGUCGAGCGACAGCGACCCCCCCGUGAUGACACCUACCAGAGCCGCUGCGAAAGCCAAGUCUCGGGAGGGUGAGGCGCCCGGAACCCGGCACCUUUCCCCUCAAGCAGGCGGUGCGCGGGAUACCUGCCCCCCAUCCUGGUGGCAGCCACACCUCCAGGGCAAGCCCAGUCCUCAUGUGUGCGCUGCCGAGACCAAGCGCUUCCUCUACUGCUCGGGGAGCAAGGAAGGGCUGCGCCGCUCCUUCCUGCUCUGCUCCCUGCCGCCCAGCCUGGCGGGGGCCCGGAGGCUCGUGGAGGUCAUCUUUCUGGCCUCAAAGCCCGGGCAGCCAGGGGCGCGCCGCGUGCCCGCGCGCUACUGGCGGAUGAGGCCCCUGUUCCGGGAGCUGCUUGCGAACCACGCGCGGUGCCCCUACAAGGCGCUUCUCAGGGCGCACUGCCCGUUGCGGGCUGCGGCGACCCUCUCGGGGUCCGGCGGUCAGGUGUGCGACCACAGAGUGGGCCCCCUCGCUCCAGAGCGGCUGGCAGCGGCCGCCGAGGGGGACUCGGCCUCGAGGCGCCUAGUCCAGCUGCUCCGCCAGCACAGCAGCCCCUGGCAGGUGUACCGCCUCCUGCGGGCCUGUCUUCACCGGCUGGUGCCCCCGGGCCUCUGGGGCUCCCCGCACAACAAGCGCCGCUUUCUGAGGAAUGUGAAGAAGCUCGUCUCCCUGGGGAAGCACGCCAGGCUCUCGCUGCAGGAGCUGAUGUGGAAGAUGAAGGUGCAGGACUGCAUUUGGCUGCGCCGGAGCCCGGAGGCUCGCCGUGUCCAGGCCGCCGAGCACCGUCUGAGAGAGGCCGUCCUGGCCAAGUUCCUGCGCUGGUUGAUGGGCACGUACGUGGUCGAGCUGCUCAGGUCGUUUUUUUAUGUCACGGAGACCACGUUUCAGAAGAACCGGCUCUUCUUCUUCCGGAAGCGCAUCUGGAGCCGGCUGCAGAGCGCAGGCAUCAGGCAACACUUAGAUCGUGUGCAGCUUCGAGAACUGUCGGAAGCAGAGAUCAGGCGACACCGGGAAGCCAGGCCCGCUGUACUGACCUCCAAGCUCCGCUUCGUCCCCAAACCCGACGGGCUGCGGCCCAUUGUGAACAUGGCAAACGUCGUGGGAGCCAGGACAGGCCCCAGAGACAAGAAGGUCCGGCGUCUCACGGGGCAGGUCAAGACGCUGUUUGCUGUGCUGAACUACGAGCGGGCGCGGCGCCCCCGCCUCCUGGGGGCCUCCGUGCUGGGCGUGGAUGACAUCCACAGGGCCUGGCGGGCCUUCGUGCUGCCCCUGCGGGCCCAGGACCCGGCCCCCCCGCUGUACUUUGUCAAGGUGGACGUGACGGGGGCCUACGACGCCCUCCCUCAGGACAGGCUGCUGGAGGUGGUCGCCAACGUGAUCCGGCCCCAGGAGAGCACGUACUGCGUGCGCCAGUGCGCCGUGCUCCGGAGGACCGCCCGCGGGCACGUACGCAAGUCCUUCCAAACCCAUGUGUCCACCUUCGCAGACCUCCAGCCUUACAUGAGACAGUUUGUGGCACACCUGCAGGCAACCGGCCCGCUGAGGGACGCCGUGGUCAUCGAGCAGAGCUGCUCUCUGAACGAGGCCGGCAGCCGUCUCCUGGAGCUUUUCCUGAGCCUGCUGCGAAACCACGUCAUCCGGAUCGGGGGCAGGUCCUACGUCCAGUGUCAGGGGAUCCCACAGGGCUCCAUUCUGUCCACGCUGCUCUGCAGCCUGUGCUACGGGGACAUGGAAAACAGACUCUUCCCCGGGAUCCAGCGUGACGGGGUGCUCCUGCGCUUGGUGGACGACUUCCUGCUGGUGACCCCUCACCUGACGCGAGCCAAAGCCUUUCUCAGGACCCUGGUGCGCGGCGUGCCCGAGUACGGCUGCCUGGCCAACUUGCGGAAGACAGCCGUGAACUUCCCUGUGGAGGACGGUGCCCGGGGCGGCCCAGCCCCACUGCAGCUGCCGGCGCACUGCCUGUUCCCCUGGUGCGGGCUGCUGCUGGACACCCGCACGCUGGAGGUGCACUGCGACUAUGCCAGUUACGCGCGGACCUCGAUCAGAGCGAGUCUCACCUUCAACCAGGGCUUCAAGCCCGGGAGGAACAUGCGUCGCAAGCUCUUGGCGGUCUUGCGGCUAAAGUGCCACGGGAUCCUUCUGGACCUGCAGGUGAACAGUCUUCCGACGGUGCUCGCCAGCGUUUACAAGAUCUUCCUGCUGCAGGCCCACAGGUUCCACGCGUGUGUGCUGCAGCUGCCCUUCCGUCAGCCGCUCUCGAGGAACCCCUCGUUUUUCCUCCGGCUCGUCUCGGACACCGCGUCCUGCUGCUACUCGCUCCUGAAAGCCAGAAACGCAGGGAUGUCCCUGGGAGCCAGGGGCGCCUCCGGCCCAUUUCCCUCUGAAGCCGCAGAGUGGCUCUGCCUCCACGCCUUCCUGCUCAAGCUGGUUCGUCACCGCGUCACCUACAGCUGUCUUCUGGGGCCGCUCCGGGCAGCCAGAGAGCGAUUGUGCCAGCGGCUCCCUGGGGCCACGCUGGCCGCCCUCGAGGCCGCCGCCGACCCAGCCCUGACUGCAGACUUCCGGACCAUCCUGGACUGACAGUUGGCCCCGGUCGGCGGGGUCUGGCCCCCCGACCCGGGCAGCACCCCAGCUUGGCGCCCACACCUGCCCCACCGCCCCCCCACCCCAGCUGCAUCCCAAGUUCAGCCUCACAGGCCUCCCCAGAAGCAAAGGGCCCCGUCAGCUGUUUGAGGCCCGUCUCCAGCCUCCGCCCCUUGCCCCCGGCCUCGCCCCUGCCCCUGCCCGCUACUCCCGCUUCCGCGCCGUUCUGCGCAGGUCCCGCCUGGCGCAGGGCCGUCGCCCCAGCGAGGGAAGGUGGCGGGCUCUCGCUGACUGUUUGAUAAAGUCUUCCUCUGGUGUUUGCAUUAGAGCGUGUUCCAGAGAGUGUGCCCAACUCUGCCGGGCGUGCUGCCCCUGAGGCCUGGGCCUGCCUGGGAGGGGAUGUGGGGGAGGGCAGUGGGUGGGGCAGUAAGGGGACUCCUGUGGGGUCAGCAGGAAGGCGCCCACGCCCACCCCUGAGCCCCCAUGUGCCUCCCUCUGCCCUUGGGGACACACAUAGACAGGAUAAACGGGAACUCCCACGGUUCCCGGCGCCCACCCCUGCCUGCUCUGGCUCCAGCCGAACUCCAUAGACACUCAGGGGUCCCCAGUCUCCUGGGGGCGGGGGGCACACAGAUGCCCUGGUCUCCUGGGGGAACCACACAGGUGCUGCCCCUUCCCUGAGCUUCCGGUUCCGCAGGUACAGGGCGAGGCCUAGGGGUGAGUCCUACGCUAGGCCCAGAUGGUGCCGAUGCUGCUGGGGGCUGGGGCGGUUUGGAGGCUGGUCUGGGUGCUGUGUCUUCUAUGCAGGGACCCCCGAGGGCAGGGCAGCCAGCAGCAGGCUCGGUCCACAGUCGGGGCCAGGGGUUGGGUAAGGUUGUGGGGACACGGCUCAGCUGCAGGAAGAAGGGGAGCAGAGAUGUUACGGGGGCUUGUUUGAGAGCAGCGGCCCCUCCGUGCCGUAACCGUCAGAGUCCCUCUGCGUCCUUGGUCAGAUCCCUGCCCUCCGCGACCUCAGAUCCCUGUGUGGCGCUCCCCACCCACCGAGAGAGCCUGUUUUCCAGGGAGCUGCAGGGGUCCUUCCGGCAAGUCGGGCCCGCCCUGCUUUGUCUGUGCUGAGGCCGUGCCCUUCAGAAAGAACAGCAGGGCGCCGCUCGGGGGUGCCCUGUGGGCUGGCUGUGCCCUGUGCCUGGGGAGAGCACAAAGGCCGUAGGUGGCAUUUUGAUGACAGUUCCCAAGGCUUUCUCCCGGGACGUCCCCGAUGGGGCCAUCCAACCUGGCAGGUGCCACGGUGUGUACCUUGGCCGGUGUCGGUGCUAAUGCAGCUGAAUCGGCUGAGCGUGGGCGCCUGUCAGGGUUUAUGGCUGUUACCUGUUUACUGACGCCGCUGCGACCACGUUCCCGUGACCGAGCUGAUGUGUUUAUGAUGGACCCAAGUCCGCAGAGUGUAUCAUGAAUGCACGAGAUGAUCCACGAGGGACUGACCCCACCCACCCCCACCCACCCGUGUGCCAGCCUGGUAGUGCCCUCGCUGGAAAGGACUGACCUGCCACUCAGGGCAGAGGACACUUCAUGCAGGCGGAGGUGUCCAACAUGCCACGCCUGUGCCUGCUGCCCGCCGCUGACCACCACGGGCUCCCGCUGCCCCGGGCCUGUUGGUGGCAUUUCCGUCACGACUCCGUUUUCCAGUAUCUACGCAGCUCAGAACCUCAUCUGUCUAGUAAAUGCAUUUUGUCCGAGUUUUACUCAGAAUUGUGUGUGCCUUUCCUAAAGUGAAAGGGCUUGGAGAGGAAUGCCCAACGUGGCUCAGCGGAAACGAAUCUGACUGGUAUCCAUGAGUCCCCGGCCUCGCUCAGUGGGUUAAGGAUCUGGUAUUGCUGCGAACUGUGGUGGAGGUCGCAGAUGUGGCUCCGAUCCCACGUUGCUGUGGCCGUGGUGGAGGCUGGCAGCUGCAGUUCCUAUCCAGCCCCUACCCCGGGAACCGCCAUAUGCCGCGGGAGCGGCCCUCAAAAGACAAAUAAUGAUAAUAAAGUGCUUGGAGAGGCUGUGCUCUGGUCACAGGCUCAGCAGACCAAAACCUCCUUCCAAUUUCUGUCUUUUUAAAACCGCUGUGCAGACCACCAAGCCUGCUCAGGGUGAUAAUGUCAAAAUAAUAAAAUUUUGAGACGUGAAAAGUCUA